AUGGUUCAGUAUUUCGCUGUUUUCUUGGUUUUCUCUUUUUCUGGCGGUUCACUGGGAACAACCACCUCACCUCAGCAACAAAGCACCGCAAAGAUAAAAGAUUUAUGCGAGGUAUGAAACAAUUAUUCUGUUUUAGCUGACAUUUUUGGGUAUCGGGCAGGUGGAAAAGAAAAUCGCAUCAAAAAGGUCUUCAACGGAGUUUAUAUUGGCACAAUAAAAAUGCCAGCUUCGUCAUAAGGCACCGUGGUCUUCCUGAGCUUUACGAUUUAUUAUUUAGUUUAUAAAUAACGUAAACCUCAACUUUUCUGUUACCCCAAAGGUUAGUCUUGCGAAUUUGUUCUGAACUACCCAGUUUUACAAAAUUUAUUUCGCAGUUUUUGAAUAAUAGACGGGUAUCGAUUGACGGCCGUUUCAUGUCAAUUGAAUUGAGGGCGGUGCCUUUCUUUUUUAGGGUUGCAUUGUUUGUAAAGGCAAGCAGCAAAAUAAAAUGCGGGGAUACUUAGCUUUGUUUUAAAAAUAAUUUUUUCUUUCCACUAAAAACUAUCUUAAAAUAUCAUUCCUAGCUUUUUUUGGUUUAAAAAAUUUAUCAUUAAUUUAUCGUUAUUAUUAUUAAUAUCAUUGCUAUUAUUGUUAUCGUUAUUUUCAUUACUUUUAUUUUUAUCAUUAUUAUUUGGUUAUAUCAUCAUCAUCAUCAUCAUCAUCAUCAUCAUCAUCAUCAUCAUCAUCAUUAUUAUUAUCAUUAUUUUAUCAUUAACCCUGUAAUAAUUAACCUAGUCUGAAGAAAUUAUAUUUGACACGAAAACCAAAGCUCCAACUAUUGUUAAUUUUCACAUGACGUCACUAAAAUUUUACACAACUAUUGAUUCUACCGAGAUUUUACUUUUAUGAUGUAUUAGAGCAGCUGAAGACUCAUUUUCAGAAAAAAACUUUCGCUUCAAAAGGGUUCUUUGUUUUGUGAUAGAGUCCGCUUGAAUUUCUUAUAAGCUUUUGUGCGACGCUGCAUAUGUCUUUGUAGGUUUAAAAAAUUACCUAUUUCAGGGAAUUUUGCUAUCUAAACUGUUCAUGUCUUAGAAAAAGUAUUACUUAAUGUUUAUGAGUUCCUCGAGGAAUAAAUUCACGCUUUUGCAGGAAAACUCGGUAACAGAUGUUUCUGUUGGUGUCCGUCCGCCAUGUUGGAGCUCAUCCAGAUGGGCACCAGCAUGGCUUCUCCAUGCAAAUCUCUAUAAAUUUUGUUAAGACAUUUCUUCCGAUAUCUCGUAUAUGAAAUAUUCCUCUGACCUGAAUUUUGGCGAGGGUCUUUGCAUAUUUACCUCCUUUCAUUUCCCAGAUUCUGGACAUUAUCUAUUGAACGGUUUUGAUUUUUUUUAAUCUAUUUUAAGGUGGCUGAAUACAGUUUUUCCCGCGGUCAGCGGUAACUCGCGUGGCGGCGCUGUUUUAAAUUAGACAAGCAAACAUGGCGGCGAAAAAAGCAGUGGUACAGAGAAGAAGAUUUCUAAAAAUCUACUCAUUAAAAACUUGUGAUAUUUGGCAGAAUUUUUCCUUUUAUCGUGUUUUAAAUAAUGAGAACUUUAAAAUGGCAGUUGAACAGACGAAUUUGGUGACACAUUUAAUAAUUACAGUACAAUUGUAUUAUUGAUCAUCUUAUAACUUGUCUGUUAAGAUUUGGUCAAAUAAGUUUCAAAUGGUAAUGAUUAAUAAUAGUAAGCUGCGUGCAAGUUUAUAGGAAAAUCUAAUGAGCGAACUUUAUGUAAACUGAGCAAAAGUGAAAUUUUAAGGUUGUAUUCAAUCGUUCAUGUUGCCAUGGAAACUACGAAAACGUCACAUUUUACCUGUCAAUCAAAACCUUUCAUCAAUGCAUUUUUAACUUGCCAAGUUUCAGCUUGUGAGCUGCAACCUUUCUCUUGCCAUGAUUUGGCAAAUAAUAUAUACUCACAAACUGCCAAAACUGUGUUCAGCCACCUUAAAUGGCGUGACACUGAAAACCAGCAAUUACUUAAUUCUGAAACACUUACAUUCCUUAGCCCACAGGUAGUCCAAGCUCGAAAUAUGAGCAUCGGCGAGCAUCGGCAUUGUUGCGCAACAUUCAAAAUAUAAGGAUUUGUAUGGGAAAAAUAAAACAAUCGUUUCUGUAACCUACGAAAAUGAAAGGAUUUCAAUAAAAAACAGCUUACCUUACUUAAAAUGUGUGUUUCGUCUCUCCUGAGUGGUCCACGGGCCAAUUUAUGGCCGUUUUAUGGGUUUUUAUGUGAACGUUUUUCUCUAUAUAUAAAGGUUUACCAAGGUUGGGCACUCCAGCGAAGCGGCUCGACUGAUCCACCGAAGGAAAACGGCCGUAAAUUCUCUCCAACUGCUCCAAUCAAUACCCGAGAAAGAAAACAACGGGAGCAAGAGACUGUCUCCCACCCGGAGUGUGAAUAAUUUGAGUCUCCGGCCGUUUCGUUGUCUUUCGACGGUAACGCGGAGUACAUGCCGAGGUUCAGUCGAUGGCUUCAGACAGGAAAGGUUGCAGAGAAUUGCGACCUUUGAUUCGCUCUCGGUGCAAAGGCAUCUUGAAGCAAGAUAACGAAUGGAAAGGAGAACUAUCGUUGUCACCAAGGCGGAAUUUGGAGGCGAUUGGAGCAGUUAGAGCGAAUUUAUGGCCGUUUUCCUUCAGCGGAUCAGCCGCGCCGCUUCGCUGGAGUGCCCAACCUUGGUAAACCUUUAUAUAGAGAGAAAACAGUUUACAUAAAAACCCAUAAAUCGGCCAUAAAUCGGCGCGUGAACCACACAGGACAGACGUAACACUCAUUUUAAGUAAGGUAAGCUGUUUUUUUAUUUAAACAUUUUCAUUUCCGUAGGUUACAGAAACAAGAUGGGUCUUUUUUUUCCCAUACAAAUCCUUAUAUUUUGAAUGUUACGCAACAAUGCCGAUGCUCAUAUUUCGAUCUUGGGCUACCUGUGCUUAGCCGAGCAACUUCCCUUCUUAAAUCCUUGCAUUUUUCCGACUUUUGCUUUUUCAAUUAUAUUUUAACCAUUUGGGUGGCUCCCUGAGGGACUACUAUAACAAUUAUAUGACACCAUCCUUGCUUUUUACCUAAAAACACUAUGUCAUGCCGACGAUGUUCAAUGCCGUGAUCAUCAUCAUCAUCAUCAUCAUCAUCAUUAUUACUAUUAUUAUUUUCUUUGCUUCUUUCUUUAUUUUGUUUUGCUUAAUGGGAUCACUGGGAGUUCAUCAAACCGUUUGUCCUGACCGCCAUCUUCAUCGAUAUAAGUAGCCUUACUAAAAUUAUCCUUGAUAUAAAAUUUCUGCUGUGUUAUUUAUUGAAACUUCCUGUUUCACAUGAAUUAUUAUAGGUUUUCAUGAAUUUGGAUUAAAACUUCCCACCGUUCUUCACUACUGAAUGAAAACGUACGCUUUCAUUCCCGACUGUGGUAAUUAAUCUCUCAAUACCUUACCUCCGUUCGCUGCUAUGACAGACUAUGGCUGUUCUUUUAAUUACACAUCUUUACUUUCAGAAAUCUACUUUGAGUCAUGGUUUUCCAGGCAUUCCAGGGUCAAAUGGCAUGCCGGGAAUGCCAGGCGUGCCUGGGCCGCAGGGACCCCAGGGAAGAGAAGGUCCAAAAGGACAAAUUGGUGAUAAGGGAUCGCAAGGAGUGCAGGGUCCAAGAGGAGACAGAGGGCACAGGAAUCCAGCCUAUGGAAUCAUAUGCGAUGAUUCAUGUGAUGAUGUAAUAGUCCUGUAUGCAUCAUAAUGAAUCGUAAUAUGAUUUGACAAGUACCCUAAACAUCAUAAUAUGAUUCCAUUGGUAUCAUAAUCAUCAUUAUGAUUUCUAUAGGACUAUUAAAAUCAUCUCUGGAAUCAUAACUAUGAUUUACAGUGCUGUUAAUCAUUGCUAUGAUUCCAACAGGACUAUUAAAAUCAUCUCUGGAAUCAUAACCAUGAUUUAUUGUUCUAUUAAUCAUAGCUAUGAUUCCAAUAGAACUAUUAACAUCAUCUCUGGAAUCAUAACUAUGAUUUACAGUGCUGUUAAUCAUAGCUAUGAUUCCAACAGGUCUAUUAAAAUCAUCUCUGGAAUCAUAACCAUGAUUUAUUGUUCUAUUAAUCAUAGCUAUGAUUCCAACAGAACUAUUAAAAGCAUCUCUGGAAUCAUAACCAUGAUUCAUUGUUCUGUUAAUCAUAGCUAUGAUUUCAAUAGGACAAUUAAAAUAGUCUCUGGAAUCAUAACUUUCAUUUGCAGAUUUAUGCACAGGUAGCCCAGGCUCAGUUCUUGAACACUCACUAAUACAAUGCCAUGCAAAAAAUACAAUGUGGAGUUUGUUCUAGAAUCACUUACAAUGCUUUUAAAAUAGCAAAAUACAUAGGCAUACAUGUGAAACUGAACUUGGCCCAGCUCAAUAAAGAUGUUUCUCUGCUUUUCAUGCUAUUUCUUUCCAACUGCUUCCAAUCAAAUUACACAUAGAAAACAAAUUAAAAAAAUUGUGUAUUUUUAUGGUUUUGAGAAAAAAAUAUUGAUAGCUCUCCAGAUCCAUUAUAAUCUAUUAAAAACUUAAUAAAAUGUUUGUUGCAUAGAAGUAUACAGCAUUGUAUUAUGAGUGUUCAAGCACUGACCUUGAGCUGCCUGUGAUAGAUGUACACUGUAUCAGCCUCAGUCAAGUUGUAAACAGUCCUAAACAGAAUAGAGUUGUAUGAAAACAAUACUACUAGUCAGAAAGCAAAUAUAAUUAUUUCUUAUGUGGACCUUUAUUCACAGACUUUAAAAAGGAUAGACAAAGGAUAUAGAAUUUGAAACAAAUAAAAUUCAAUCGUCUGUUAAGUAUACAAGCCUCAUUCUAUAGGCUACAGUGCAAAGUUGGGGCAUUUUUAAACGACUUAAAAAGACUUUCUGCCAGGGAAUAGCCAUUUGCCUACACAAAGGGCAACCAAAGAAAAUUUGACAUCCUUUUGAUUUUGGUCUUAAGUUUUACUUACAGAGAAUUUAAAAAAGGCCUUUAUUCAAGAUUUGGAUGACAAAUAGAAAAGUUACACAUUUGAAUCUGUUCAUUAAAUCAAUCAUCCAUUCUUCUUUAUUGGUUGGUUAAGUGAAAUUCAUGCAUCAUUUUACAAGGGUAAGCCAAAAGCACUCUCAUGUUAAACACAUAGUCCACAUGUAGUUCAAUUCUACUGUUACAGGAAUGACAGAUGGCUGAACCCUGCUAAUUAUGACAAUAAAUCUUUUCUACUUAGUAGUUUGGUUUGCUCAAUGACCUUGUGGCUUUGGGCAAAACAUGUCAUUCCUUUUUUUAUUCCAACCCAGACCACUUAACACCAGAGCACAGGCACCUCUAGAGCCAACUAGUGAAUUAUUAAAGAAAGAACUCAGUUACUCUAUGUGUUAAAGCAGUUUAGGCAAAGCUAAGAUUCCUCAAGUCACACACAAUUACAAGCAGCCCUUAAACUUCAAACUUAAAUUAAAAACAAACUAAAUAACCAUAAUUAAGUAAAGGUUUAAAAUAGUUAAAUGUUAAAAUUAACUAAAUGUUAAAUAUUUAAGGCCCUUCAAAGCAUAAUUAUAGCAUAAUUAUUAACCAUGAUUAAGCCUCCUUCAUGUAGGUUUAUCUUUCCAAAUUUCAAACUCUGGAUUUUUACAUAUAUUGGGUAAGCCAAAAGCACCCUAAAGUUAAACACAUGGUCCACAUGUAGUUAGAUUCUACUGUUACAGCAAUGACAGAUGGUUGACCCCUUCUCAUUAUGACAAUAAAUAUUUUAUACUUACUGUAAAUCCUCUAAUAAGCCCCCUGGGGGGGGGGACUUAUUUUUUUCAAGCACUUUUGAGGGGAGCUUAUUUAAUUUAGGGAAAUGCAUCAAUGGGAGUAAGGUUUCUCGAGGACGGACUUAUGGUUACCGGGCACUAUACUGCUUUUUCUAACAAUAAGAAAAUGGUUACAAUUCUCCACAGAGAACUAGAGCAAAAAGUUGAAAAAGUUCAGCACAUGAAGUUAGAGGUCAUGCGGCCGAAGACCAAAAACAAUAUGAGUUUCCAGUCUGAAUAAACCAUAACCUGUCAGUCCACAUUAAAAUUGUUUGUGAAAAAUAAGGAUGGAGGGGAGGGGAGGGGGAGGGGGGACUUAUUAACUUUCCUCCUCUGAAAAGGGGGGGCUUAUUAGAGAGGGGGCUUAAUAGAGGAUUUACGGUAGUAGUUUGGUUUUCUUGAUGACCUUGUGGCUGUGGGCAAAACAUGUCAUUCCUUUUUUUAUUCCACCCUAGGUCACUUAACUCCAAAGCACAGGCACCGCUAGAACCAACUAAUGAAUUAUUAAAGAAAGAACUUACUCUUUGUAUUAAAGCAGUUUAGGCAAAGCUAAGAUUCUUCAAGUCUCUCACAAUUUACAAGCAGUCCUUAAAGCAGUUUAGGCAAAGCUAAGAUUCUUCCAGUCUCUCACAAUUUACAAGCAGUCCUUAAACUUCAAACUUAAAUAAAAACAAACUAAAUAACCAUAAUUAACUAAAUGUUAAACCCAAACGAAUAACAUAAUUUUCUGAUAAAAAGCCUCUCAAAGCAUAAUUAUAGUAUAAUUAUUAACUAUGAUUAAGCCUCCUAGGUUUAUCUUUCCAAAUGUCAAACCCUGGGUUUUUUACAAUGAAAUGAAAUUCCUUUAAAAAAUAAUUUGCAGAAGUUAUGCUUACAUGUAAAUUACAUGAAAUUAUUUUAACUUUGCAGAACUUGUUAAAAAUGACUCAGUAAACAAAAAAAAAUUGAUCCAGCCAUUCUUCUGGUGUAACAGAAAUCCCUUUCUGAUCAGGUUGUCUAUCAAGGGUCGAUACUCUCCAUCACUGUGGUGCACUCAAAACAAAUGAAUUAGUCAAGUUAAAACAUGCACAGAUGAAAACAGUAUGUGGUCCUUGGUCUGGACGAAAAAGACGUAAAUGAGUAUUUCUCUUCUCAGAAGAAGAGUAGUGAGCUGAAAUUUGUCCUAAAGUUGCCGUAACAUUUUACUAACUUGUGACAAACCGUGCAAAUGUGUGUUGUGCAGUUAGGAUGCAACAUCUUCGAAAUUGCCACCAUUUUAAAUGAAUUCAAUCAAAAUUUAGAGAGAAAGAAAAAUUUGUCGUCGCUUAUUUACGUCCUCAAGAAAGUUGAUAAACUUCCCAUCAGGAAAUUUUAUGUCUUUUAUUUUAUGUCCACUUUUUGCUUGGCUUAUGUAACGUCCAGUGCCUGGAUCAAGAACAUAGUAUGCAAAAUUUACUUUGGAAUAUUAUCUAUAACUUUAAUUUUAAAAUUCAACCUGUCAACCGAAUUUUUUUGCAAGUUGAAAGAACAUUUCUUGUACGCCGUGUACAAACAAAAAUUAUCUUUCUUAACGCACUUUAUCGCAUAUCCCUGACUUCAAAAUAUAUCCAAGCAAUUUAAGGCGCCAUAAAAAAGCAAAAAUAACAGGACAAAAUUCACCUACGUUCUGGUUAACUUAAUUUACUCGCCUUUGCUAAUAUCAGGAAAACCUCCCAAGCUUAAGAAGGCAAACAGAUCAAUAAACACUCGGAAAGUUUCGUUUGUAUUGUAACCUUAUUUUCUUCCCGAAAAUUAUAUCACAAAAUAAUACCGGCCGGAUCAAGGACCACAUACAGUACAUGGUCACGUUUGUUGAUUCAACAUCACUUAAGUCAUGAGAUUAUGAGGGACAAACGGUGGACUGAUCCUCAGUUCAUGGACUACUCUGUCUAAUCAACGUAUACCCAUAUGGACUACCUUUUAAAUAAUUUUACUCAGUCAUUCGUUUGCAGUGUUUCACACCGGCAAAGAGAAUUGCAAAAACGUAAGCUUACUUGAACGCAAGUGUACGUACGUACGCUUCGUACAUGACUGGAAGUCACUUCUUUUUCUUUCGUAAUGAAAAUUACAAAUCAUCACAAUUAAGCUCAAUUUACUCCGUAUCAAGACACUAAACCAGUGAUAUAUAGAAGACGGAGGCUACAAUAAUGCUUCAGCUGAAUUCAGUUUCAAAACCACGACCAAACGUUGCAGCGAAACGAAACGACCGACAUACCGAACUUCAGACAGUCUCAGGGAAAAGAAACGAUAAGUAAUGAUAGCAAUACAGUGAUAAUAAUUACCUUUCAAAUCAGUCUUUCAGUAAGUGUAGAACUCAAAGGGAAUAAAAUAACUCCAACAGUCUCCAACACGAUCCAACACAAUCUUCUCUGGCUAUCACGCAAGUAUGAUGCAUGGGUCACUUACGCGACACUUUUGCGUCACUUGCUUUAAACUUGUUGCCUUGGAUCCAGUCUUCCAUCGUGCAAACUUGACGGUGGGAACGCGGGAUUUCGAGCUAAUUCUGCAAUUUUCUUUUCUUUUCUUUUUUUUAUCAUGGACGCUAUACAGGGAAGGAAUUUAAAAGUUGGGCUUGAUGAAAAUACUGGCCUUACAUGUAAACUUGCUGACAUUCAAGAGUGGACUCAAGAACUAAACAGGGGCGUAGCUGGGGGGAGGACCUGGGGUGCCCGUGACCCCCCCCACCCCGCUUGGUAGGCCUUCUUUUGAGCAAACAACCUACAAUAUUCAGGUGGCGAAAACGCCAUGACAAUAUCUUGGCCGUAAAAGCCAUUGUUGAAAAGCCCACUUUUUUAAAAGUUAUUUUUUUGUAAAGUAUUUUUGUCAACGGCUCUUGUCUCUAGUUAAUAUGGGCCUUCAUGCCGCGAUAAUACUACUGAGCCGGCUGAUACACGAGGGAGAGCAGCGGCAUAAACCAUAUAUAGUCGGCGAUCCCCGGAUGGUGAUCUGGUGAGUAGCCUCUGUGACCCCCCCUUUGAAAAAUCCUGGCUACGCCCAUGCUAAACAUUUUUUUAAUAAUGUAAUUGCGUGCACAGCGCGCACGCACUGCAAAAAAUCGUGACGUCACAACCGUGGCUGUACAUUCUCAUGCAAAAACACCUCUCAGCAAAUCAGAGCACACAGUAUCUUACUUUAUGAUCGGCUUUCUUCCUAGACUUUCGAAUAAGCACUUCCUCAUAUUAAUAGAGUGAUUAAGCAGCAGAACGGGCAUUUGGCGUCGCGAGACGAAUGAUCAGAUCUCUGGCGACUUCCACGCUUGUUUGAUCGCUUUGCGGGCUCGCUCCGCUCAUGCUUUUAAAAAGUCUCUUGACUUUGCCACGUUUAUUAGAAAUUAGCUGCUAAUUCCAGAGAUGAUUUUUUUUGUAUGCACGUAAAAUCAAGUUAUGAUUCCAGAGAUGAUGUUAUGUGUACACAUAAAAUUAGUUUAUGAUUCCAUUGAUGAUGUUAUGUGUACACAUAAAAUCAGGUUAUGAUUCCAGAGAUGAUGUUAUGUAUACACACAAAAUCAAGUUAUGAUUCCAGAGAUGACGUUAUGUUUACACAUAAAAUCAGGUUGUGAUUCCAGAGAUGAUGUUAUGUGUACACAUAAAAUCAGGUUAUGAUUUCAAAGAUGAUGUUUUGUGUACACAUAAAAUCAGGUUAUGAUUCCAGAGAUGAUGUUAUGUAUACACAUAAAAUCAUGUUAUGAUUCCAGCGAUGAUGUUGUGUGUACACAUAAAAUCAGGUUAUGAUUUCAUUGAUGAUGUUAUGUGUACACGUAAAAUCAGGUUAUGAUUCCAAUGAUGAUGUUAUGUGAACACAUAAAAUCAGGUUAUAAUUCUAGAGAUGAUGUUAUGUGUACACCUAAAAUCAUGUUAUGAUUCCAGAGAUGAUGUUAUGUGUACACAUAAAAUCAUGUUAUGAUUCCAGAAAUGCUGUUAUGUGUACUCAUAAAACCAUGUUAUGAUUCCAGAAAUGAUUCUAAGUGUACACACUGCAUCAUACCUAUGAUUGUCACAUGAUUGUAUGUGCUCAGUUAGCAGCAUAGUUAUGAUUUGUUAUGAUUUGUAGAGUGCUAUGACAUCAUCACAUGAAUCAUCACAUAUGAUUCCAUAGACCGAAUUCCUGUGGGGCGCGAAGGGCCUCCCGGGAAGAGCGGACCGCCAGGAAUUACGGGAACAAAAGGUGAAUCGGGUCUUGUAGGAAUGAAAGGAGAGCAAGGCAUUGUGGGAAAUCAAGGAAGAAAAGGAGACAAAGGAGACAAAGGAGAAAGCGCCAAAGCAAGUCAAGCAAGCGUAGUACCACAAACCAACUGGAAACAAUGUGUGUGGAAAUCCAACAGCGAGACUGAUAACGGAAAGAUUAAGGUAAGCAAGAAAUAUGCUAAAUGAUUUCUAUAGAUCACAAGAAAAGUACACGAUCUCAUUCGAUAGAAAAAGGAAGAAAAUGUAAGAUUUUGCUUCAGUUAAUUUGGAGUCAAAUAAAUUGCUCUGAGAAGAUAAAUCUCCUUCCCCUUCCCGUGAUCAUCACUCCGUUUAACCUCCGAAUCAGGUUGAUAAUUAUUUCCUUUCCCAUUUAGUAAAUAAAUACAAUAAUAGAGGCGUUACUAAGUAGAUUUUGAUUGUUUUCCAGGAGUGUGCUUUUAACAAAUUUAAGUCCGGUUCAGCGCUCAAGGUCUCAUUCCAUGGAAACAUGCGGGUCUCUGGUGAUACUAAGUGUAAUCGGUGGUAUUUCAAGUUCAAUGGAAACGAAUGUAGUGGACCAAUGACGAUUGAGGCUGCUGUUUACAACAACUGGACAUCAGGGAACCAUAAUCUGUUGCAUCAUCGGUCAUUUGAAGGAUACUGUGAAAACAUUCCACAAGGGGCAGUUAGAGUGGAAUUAUGGGUAGGAAAGUGUAGUGGUGGUCACGCCCUUGGUGACGCUUACACCGGAUGGCAGUCAGUGUCCCGGUUAAUGAUUGAAGAAGUAUCUAGGCCCCAGUCAUAG